GCCCAGCACAGUAUUCCCAGGUCAGUCUCAGAAGUGCCUGCCAACCUUGUUCUCCGCCUGUUAACAGAAGUCAGAGUGAUUGGAAGUUCAUCCCACCGCAGCCCCUGGAUAUUGCAAAGCCUACAGAGCCAACCAGGUGUCCCAGGCUGGCCAAAGAGCCUGGUGUGACAGAAUGGAUGCUUCUCCUGAGUCCCAACAGAAGGGUGGGACUCUAGUGCUGGUCCGACGACAGCCCCCUGUGUCCCAGGGCUUGCUGGAAACACUGAAGGCCAGGAUGAAGCAAAGCUGCACCUGCAGUAUGCCAUGUGUGCAGGCUCUGGUGCAGAAUUUGUUUCCUGCCAUGCACUGGCUGCGUCAUUACCGCCCUAAAGAGUACCUGGCAGGUGAUGUUAUGUCUGGUUUGGUCAUUGGCAUUAUCCUUGUGCCACAGGCCAUAGCCUACUCACUGCUGGCUGGGCUACAGCCCAUCUAUAGCCUCUAUACUUCUUUCUUUGCCAACCUUAUCUACUUUCUCAUGGGCACCUCACGUCAUGUUAAUGUGGGCAUCUUCAGUCUGCUGUGCCUCAUGGUAGGUCAGGUGGUGGACCGAGAACUCCAGUUGGCUGGUUUUGACCCCUCCCAGGAUUCUCUGGGGCCUAGGGACAACGGCAGCACCCUUUACAACUCAACUACAACACUGGUGUUUGGGCUACAGGACUGUAGGCGGGACUGCCAUGCCAUUCGAAUUGCCACUGCCCUCACUCUGGUGACUGGACUUUAUCAGGUCCUCAUGGGUGUCCUCCGGCUGGGCUUUGUGUCUACCUACCUCUCACAACCACUGCUCGACGGUUUUGCUAUGGGAGCCUCUGUGACCAUCUUGACUUCUCAGGCUAAACACCUGCUGGGUGUUCGGAUCCCUCGGCACCAGGGCCCAGGCAUGGUGGUCCACACAUGGCUGAGCUUGUUGCAGAAUGUGGGACAGGCCAAUAUUUGUGACAUGGUCACAAGUGCCGUGUGCCUAGGAGUGCUGAUAGCAGCUAAGGAGCUCUCAGACCGCUACCGACACUAUCUGAAGGUCCCAGUACCCACAGAGCUACUAGUCAUUGUGGUGGCCACAGUUGUAUCACACUUUGGACAGCUCCAUACUCGGUUUGGCUCAAGUGUGGCUGGCAGCAUUCCCACUGGUUUUGUAGCCCCACAGGUACCAGACCCUAAGAUAAUGUGGCAUGUGGCCCUGGAUGCUAUAUCCCUAGCACUUGUGGGCUCAGCCUUCUCCAUCUCAUUGGCAGAGAUGUUUGCUCGUAGCCAUGGCUACUCUGUUCAUGCCAACCAAGAGCUUCUGGCUGUGGGCUGCUGCAAUGUGCUGCCUGCCUUCUUCCACUGUUUUGCCACAAGUGCUGCUCUGUCCAAAACUCUGGUGAAGACAGCCACCGGCUGCCAGACCCAGCUGUCCAGUGUGGUCAGUGCUGCUGUGGUACUGCUUGUGCUGCUGGUACUGGCUCCAUUAUUUCACGAUUUGCAACGGUGUGUGCUGGCUUGUAUCAUUGUUGUCAGCCUGCGAGGGGCAUUGCGAAAGGUGAAGGACCUCCCACAGCUUUGGCGGCUAAGCCCUGCUGAUGCACUGGUCUGGGUGGCUACUGCAGCCACCUGUGUGCUAGUCAGCACUGAGGCUGGACUGUUAGCGGGGGUGUUCUUCUCACUGCUCAGUUUGGCAGGCCGCACACAGCGUCCUCGGGCUGCCCUUCUUGCUCGAAUUGGAGACUCAACCUUCUAUGAAGAUGCUACUGAAUUUGAGGGCCUCCUGCCCCCACCUGAGGUGCGAGUAUUCCGUUUCACGGGCCCACUCUACUAUGCCAACAAGGACUUCUUCUUGCAGUCACUCUACAGCCUCACAGGGCUGAAUGCAGGUCACCUAACCACCAGGAAAGAGAAGAACCCAGAGGUAGGUGUGGAUUGCAAGGAUAUGGGUUCAGUGAACAGAGGGGCCGGGCUGGUGAUACCCCUGGCAUUCGGUUUCCACACAGUGGUCAUUGACUGUGCACCACUGUUGUUCCUGGAUGUGGCUGGCAUGGCCACACUGAAGGACCUGCAGAGAAACUAUAGGGCCCUGGACAUCACCCUGCUUCUGGCUUGCUGUAGUCCUUCAGUGAGAGACACACUGAGGAAAGGGGGCUUCCUUGGGGAAGACCAGGGAGCUGAGGAUGAGCUGCUGUUUCCCAGUGUACACAGUGCCGUGGAAGCUGCACAUGCCCGCCGUGAGGAGCUGGUGGCUACUGACUCUGCCUUCUAGCAGGACCAAGACCCAUGUGCACAAGCCAGUCCUGAGCUCCUUUGUAGGAGUGAUAUGAAGGAUGGAGUCAUUAGAAAGAUAUAUCCUUGGACCAUCUCUGCCUUGGGAAAAGCUAGGGAACUCCAAAUGGAAGGAAAGUGCUGCACCCUUAACACAUUCAAGGAUUCCACACAUUCAGUGAUUGAGAUCCUCUACCUCUGAGACCACUGUUGCCUCCUGGUGCCUAUUCAACCCUGGUGGUUGCACCCACACACUAGAUCCCUCAGCUAAGCAGUGAGUGCCAAGUUUGACAGUCUGUUAUCUGAAACAGAGUCCUGCUAAUUAUAUGGCCUCCCCCUGAAUGAGCUGAACAUAUAUAUGGCCAAGGGGUAAGGGUCUGAAUUUCCAAAGGGCCUUCUCAAGCCCGGUGCUCAUCUUGGUUGAACCCUUGCAAAGGCAGUCACCUGCUCCAGAGCAGAUAGUCCCAUGUCACUGUCUAAGAUGAUGUAACUAAUAUAACCCCAACCUGACCUUCAGGCACUAUGUCUCUAUACAGCUUAUACUGGUGAACACAAAGUGGUACAUGUAUGGUACAAAGCCAGGCACAGUAGAUACCAACCCCAUUCUGCAUUUCUAAGAAACCCUCAAAAGGAAACCACCUGUGCUCCAUCCAGGGCCUGCCCUUGGCAUAGCCAAACAGACCUUCCCCUCCUCUUCUGCCCAACAGGAUGUUCUAAUAGGAAGUACAGUUCCAGUCCUGUGCCUUACCAUGAUGAUACCUAACCCACAGCCCAGCCCUGUGCUCCACAGCUGGCCCUGACAGGGUCAGAUUCACCAUCUCAGCAUCUUUGUAAGACAAGCUCUAACCAGCAGCUCCCAGGGCACCCACCUCAGCAUCACCCACCUUGUUGUAAUGAGAUCCAGCAGCCAGUGUAUCCGGACCUGCUCGAUGCCACUGUGAGGUACGGCACCUAUGUAGGCAAGGUUCAGUUGCUGGUCCCAACUAAGGUCGAACUGGUAAGCUUGGUCGUGAGGUAGUGGGGGGCUGGGGACAGGACAAAGAAGCGAAGUUUAUCCUAAGCAGGAGCUUGCAGCAGACAUUUAACACAUGACUUGCAGGCCCUUGCAGAGCAUCAGUAUCUCUCCACAUUCUAUGAUAAAGUAGCCCUUUCGCCAGAAA